AUGAGCAGCCCCGAUGCGGGCUACGCCAGCAGCGACGACCAGGUGCAGGGGCGGUGCUCGCUGCCCAUCAUGAUGCCGGCCAUGUGCCCCUGGGCGGCAGAGGCGCUGAGCCCGCCGGGCGAGGCGAAGGCGAAGGGCGGCGCGGCGGCGUCGGGGCCGUCGGGCGGCCGGAGCAAGGGCGAGGCGCGGAUCCGGCGUCCCAUGAACGCCUUCAUGGUGUGGGCGAAGGACGAGCGCAAGCGGCUGGCGCAGCAGAACCCGGACCUGCACAACGCCGAGCUCAGCAAGAUGCUGGGUAAAUCGUGGAAGGCGCUGUCGCUGUCGGAGAAGCGUCCGUUCGUGGAGGAGGCGGAGCGGCUGCGGGUGCAGCACAUGCAGGACCACCCGAACUACAAGUACCGGCCGCGGCGGCGGAAGCAGGUGAAGCGCCUGAAGCGGGUGGAGAGCGGCUUCCUGCAGCACGGCCUGGCCGAGGCGGCGGCGGCGGGGCCCGGGCUGGGCAGCGAGGUGUCCGGCGGCGGCGGCAGGAUGUGCGUGGAGGGCCUGGGACUGGCGUACGGCGAGCAGGGCUACGCGGCGGCGGCGGGCGCGGGCCACUACCGGGACUGUGCGCCGCUGGGCGCCGCGUUCGACGGCUACGGCCUGCCGACCCCGGACCCGUCGCCGCUGGACGCGGCGGAGAGCGAGGCGUCCUUCUUCGCGGCGGGGCUGCAGGAGGAGUGCGCGCUGGUGCCCUACGGCUACGGCCCGCACCCGGCGGCCGCCGAGUACCCGGCAGCGGCGUCCGAGAGCCCGUCGGGGGCGUCGCUGCGGCGGCACCUGGCGCCCGGGGAGGCGCUGGGCGCGGGCGGGUCGCUGCAGGGGCUGCUGGGCUGCCCGGCGCCGCUGCACGCCUACUACGGGCAGUGCCAGCCGCCGGGAGCGGGGCGCGGCCCGCCGGGGGCCGUGGGGCAGCCGUCGCCGCCGCCGGAGUCGGCGCCGUGCCGGGAGCAGCUGGAGCAGCUGCGGCCCGAGGAGCUGCUGGGCGAGGUGGACCGCACGGAGUUCGAGCAGUACCUGCGCUUCGCCUGCAAGCCCGAGCUGGGGCUGCCCUACGGCGGCCACGAGCCCGAGGCCGCGGCUCCCGUCUCGUCGGCCGUGUCGGACGCCAGCAGCGCCGUCUACUACUGCGGCUACCCCGACUUGUGA